UGAUAGUGAAAUCAGAUAGAUUUACACAAUGGUUUCAUGUCUUAUUCUUUUGGAACCAAGUUCAUCGUGUACCGAUACAGGAAAAUCUUAAAACAACUGUCAAUUUCUUGACUCAUUGGAAGUAUGCUAACUGAUUUAAGAAAGUUAUCGAUUGAAAUUACAUUUUCGAAUGAAAGUGUCAUGACAAUACAUCCUAGUUCUUUGCUGCAUUCACACAUACAUUUAUCAACACUGACGACAACACUACUUGAAAAUACAUAUAUUUGAAUCAUGUUGUCCAUGCAAAUCAGGGCAACAUCAGACAUUAAAGACAUAAAUGCACAUAUUGACAGUUGUUUUUUUAUUCCUAGCUUUCUAUGUCUAUGUCCGGACAUCACCUUCAGUGAUGUUUCCUUGAGAAGAACAAGUAAGCUGUUAAAAUACUUCCAAGUGGAGAUGAACACGCUUAUCAGCAUAUUCAUUAUGGAUUCAUUCAUAUGCAGUACAGAAUGGAAAGUCUGUUCCAUUCUUCAGUAGAGCAUUCAUAUAUCAUUCGGAUACUUCAUUUCAU